AUGACCGAGUUAAAUGGCAACUCAACCAUAAACGGGUUUGGCCAGUCUAUCCAGCAGAUCGAGAAGGUCAUCUCCGCAUCCUUGCGGCCAUUGCCUACUGAAACAGGGGAUGGCACAUAUGUGACUCCGGCAGCCAAAACACGCCUUGUCGAGGACAUCAGCCGUCUCGACCUCGGCGAUUUCAAGACCAUUGCGAAUGUUGCGAAGAGUGCUGCCACGGGUGAGCCGCUUGACGAUAAGCGUUAUAUCACGGAAAAAUUGAUACAGCUUGUCUCUGGACUGCCCUCAACAUCUCGUACAGGGAGCGAAUUGACGAACAACUUUCUGAACCAGUUGUGGAAUGAUUUGGAACACCCACCAGCCUCCUAUCUGGGCCGUAACCAUGCGUACCGCGAGGCCGAUGGUUCAGGCAAUAACAUCUUAUGGCCCAAGAUUGGAGCCGCCGGCUCCCAUUACGCAAGAUCUGUACGGCCUGAGACAAUGCAGUCUCCAGCGCUCCCCGAUCCCGAAUCUCUUUUUGAUUCCCUCCUGGCGCGAAAGGACUUCAAAGAGCACCCGAACAAGAUCUCUAGUAUCUUGUUCUAUAUAGCGUCUAUCAUAAUUCAUGACCUGUUUCAAACAGAUCGCAAUGAUGGGACAACAUCUGUCACGUCGUCGUAUCUGGAUCUCGCACCACUGUAUGGCAACAAUUCAGAUGAGCAACAUCUUGUCAGAACAUUCAAGGAUGGAAAGUUGAAACCAGAUUGCUUCUCCUCGCGGCGUGCACUGGGCUUCCCCCCAGGUGUUUGUGUGAUUCUGAUCAUGUUCAACCGUUUCCACAACCACGUGGUUGAAGAAUUGGCCUCGAUUAAUGAGAACGGUCGAUUCACAAAACCGGACGAAUUGGAUGUCAAGGAGUACGCAAAGUACGACAACGACCUGUUCCAGACUGGACGACUUGUUACCUGUGGAUUAUACGUCAACAUCAUCCUCAAAGACUACGUUCGAACGAUCUUGAAUAUCAAUCGCAUUGACAGCACCUGGAGCUUGGAUCCUCGCGCAGAAAUCAAAGACGGACUGCUUGGACAGGCAGCUGCUCGAGCUACAGGUAACCAGAUAUCUGCCGAGUUCAAUCUUGUCUAUCGCUGGCAUUCUUGUAUAUCCAGGCGCGAUGAGAAAUGGACACAAGACUUGUAUAGCAAGAUAUUCCCCGGAAGGGACCCCAAAAAUAUCCCUCUGCAAGAAUUCGUCCGAGGUCUUGGUAAAUGGGACGCGGAAAUGUCGGACCAACCGAAUGAGCGCGAGUUUGCUGGACUGCAACGCAAUGCGGAUGGAAGUUUUGAUGAUGAUGCUUUGGUCGAGAUUUUCAGGCAAAGCGUAGAGGACUGCGCAGGCGCAUUCGGAGCCUCCAAUGUUCCAACCGUCUUUAGAAGUGUGGAGGCGCUUGGAAUCAUGCAAGCCCGUUCCUGGAAUUUGGCCACAUUGAACGAGCUUCGGAAAUAUUUCAACCUGGCUGCCCACAAGACAUUCGAAGAUAUCAACCCUGAUCCCUACAUAGCUGACCAAUUGAGGCGGCUGUAUGACCACCCCGAUCUCGUUGAAAUAUACCCUGGUGUCAUCGUUGAGGAUACGAAGAAACCGAUGGUACCCGGCAGCGGCCUUUGUACCAAUUUCACAACAUCAAGGGUUAUUCUCUCCGAUGCGGUGGCAUUAGUGCGCGGCGAUCGCUUUUACACGGUUGAUUACACACCAAGACACCUGACCAACUGGGCUUUCAAAGAAAUCCAGCCACAAGACUCUGUUGAUCAAGGCCAUGUCUUCUAUAAAUUGGUGCUGCGGGCAUUUCCAAAUCACUUCAGAGGGGACUCUAUCUAUGCGCACUUUCCUAUGGUCAUUCCAUCCGAGAACAAGCAGAUCUUGACAAGGCUCGGGGUUGCUGAACAAUACAGUUGGGACAGCCCCCAAUUUGUUCCUCUUCCUCGAUUCAUCAAUUCCCAUUCUGCAUGCAUGUCGAUCCUAUCGAACCAAGAGACGUUCAAGGUGACAUGGGGCGAGAAGAUUGAGUUCCUGAUGCGGCGCGGCAGUCAUCCGUAUGGCAAAAGCUUCAUGCUGUCUGGGGAUGAUGCACCAAAUGUGUCGUCGCGUAAGAUGAUGGGAGCAGCUUUAUACCGAACGAGGUGGGAGGAGGAGGUGAAAGACUUUUAUGAGCAGAUUACCUUGGAGCUCUUGCACAAAAGCUCCUACAAGGUCGCCGGGGUCAACCAGGUCGAUGUCGUACGCGAUGUUGCAAACAUUGCUCAGGUGCAUUUCUGUGCGACCGUUUUCUCGUUACCCUUGAAAACUGAUGCCAACCCCCGGGGAGUUUUCACGGAAACCGAGCUGUACAAAAUCAUGGCAGUUGUUUUCACUUCUAUCUUCAAUGACGCCGAUGUUGCGAAGUCUUUCGAACUGAACCAGACAGCUCGAGCAGUUACCCAACAGCUUGGACAGCUGACUAUGGCCAACGUGGAGUUUGUGGCUAAGUCAGGUUUUAUCGCUAAUUUGGUCCAUAGUCUUCAUCGUCAUGAUACUUUGACUGACUACGGUGUCCAUAUGAUCCAACGUCUGCUUGAUAGUGGUCUUCCCGCGGACGAGAUCGUAUGGACUCACUUAUUGCCAACUGCUGGUGGCAUGGUGGCAAACCAAGGACAGCUCAUCUCUCAGUGUCUUGACUAUUAUCUCUCUGAAGAAGGCUCGAUUCACCUGCCCGAGAUAAAUCGACUCGCCAAAGAGGAUACGCCGAAGGCCGAUAGUAUUUUGCUCCGCUAUUUCAUGGAAGGUGCUCGCCUGGGGUCAUCUGUUGGUGUCUUUCGAAAGGCUGCAAAGUCCGCCACCGUCGAGGACAACGGGGAAAAGGUGAGCUUGAAGCCAGGACAGAACGUACUCUGCAAUUUGGUAUCUGCGUCAAAGGAUCCUGCUGCUUUCCCGGAACCGGAGAAAGUCAGACUUGAUCGUGAUAUGAACCUCUAUGCUCACUUUAGCUUCGGAGCGCACCAAUGCCUUGGAAUCGGACUCUGCAAGCUGGCACUUACGACGAUGCUUAAGGUGAUCGGGCGCCUCGAUAAUCUUCGUCGGGCGCCCGGGCCUCAAGGGCGACUCCAAAAGCUUCCAGGACCUGGUGGGAUUUCCAAAUACCUGACAGCGGACCAGAGUGGAUUUUCGCCCUUUCCAACCACCAUGAAAAUUCAGUGGGACGGAGAUCUUCUCGAGCCGGGGAUGAAGCAGUAG